ACUCCACGUAGCUGACUUCUCAUCCUCUUAUUUCUCUCUGCAAAUUUAAAGGGUUUUGGCAUCAAAAAGCAAAUUGGAGAAGAAGAAGAAGUAGAAAACGAUGUCGUCCAUUGGAACUUCAAAGGGUGUUUUAGAGAUAGCAAAGUUCGCAGUAUACGUGUCAGUUCCAAUUAGUCUCAUGUAUUUGUUCGCCAACAACAACAAGAAUCUUCAGAAAAUCAUGGGACAUCGUGAAUAUGUAGUUUAUCCUACAGAAUCAGUAAAGCCCCAAUCCCCCGAGGAACUGAGGGAGAUGGCAAAAGAAAUAGCUCGGAAGAGAGAGAGGGACCAAGGAAUGCGGAGCUGAGAAAGAUGACACGAGAACUGACUCGCAACCCACAAAACGAAGAGGCAUAGAAGAAUUUGUAGGUCUGUAAGUAAUGCUCACUAAGGAAAAGCCAGAGGCCCUUUUUGUUAAGCCAACAAAUGGUGUGUUCUUGCUUCUUCUUUUCUGUUCGACCAAUAAGUGAGUGUUGCCAAUAAAACAGUGCGGCAAAGCCAUGGAUUGUAUACUGUCAUUUCUAUAUUUGAUGUAUCUUCCUUCUUGUAA